CCACUUGAAAUCUUUGACAGCUAAACUCGUAUAAUAAUCAAAUUCCAGAGGGCAAAAGGUGAAGUGGAGCGUGAGACGUGAGUUAAAUCUGGUGGAUGCAGACUGCAGAGUGAGAAAGAAAAGAGGUAAGGCAUCCAUUAGUAAUAGUAUUACAAUGUCUGAAUGUUCAGAGGAUAGUAUAGAGUUGCACUUACCCGACGAGUGCUGGGAAUUGAUCUUCAAAACCCUAAAAUCCCAUCGCCACUUCCAACCUCUCUCCCUUCUCUCCAAACAAUGCCUAUCCAUCACCAACCGCCUCCGAACCUCUCUCACCGUCACACCCCAAACCCUCCCUACCCUCCCCCCCCGCCUCCUCCUCCGCUUCCCCUCCCUCACCACCCUCCACAUCACGCGCCUCCCCCACGCGCAUCUCCACGCGCUCCUCCUCCAUCUCUCACGCUCCGCCCUCCCCCUCCGCUCCCUCAGCCUCUCCGCCCACCCCUCAAUUCCCUCCGAUGGGUUCCGUUAUUUGUCCCAAAAGACUCCUCCUUUGAAGUCCCUCACCUGUUCCCACAUCGCUUCCCUCACAAACUCCGAUCUCUCCCUCAUCAAAGACUACUUCCCUUUCCUCGAACACCUCGACCUCAGUUUCCCCGACAACUCCUCCGACCCUGUCUCCGACUCCGCCGUCGAGGCUCUCUCCUUGGGCCUCCCCAACCUUCGCAGGGUUAACCUCUCUGGUAAUUUCUUCAUCCACGACCCUUCCAUUCUCAGCCUCUGCAAAAACUGCCAAUUUCUCGAGGAACUCGUCAUCUUCGAGUGCCACUUCAUCACGCAACGUGGCAUCGCCUCCGCGAUUCGUGAAAGGCCUUGUGUGAGUUCUCUCUGUGUUAGCAACUUCGGGUGCGGGGCCAAAAAAGGGGACUUUUUUAGACCCCAUGUGACUUCCGAUUUCAUUGAAGCGUUGGUGGGCUUAAAGGGGUUGACUUGCCUCGAUUUGUCGUUCUCCUCGAUCUCCGACGAGUUGCUAUGUUGUGUCGCGGAGGAGGGGAUUCCUCUGAGGAAGCUUGUUUUGCAAGGUUGUUGUAAUUAUAGUUAUGUUGGGGUGCUGUGUUUGUUGUCCACGUGUCGGUUUGUGGAGCAUUUGGAUCUUCAGAAUGCUGAGUUUUUGUGCGAUCAGCGUGUGGAGGAGUUGUGUGCGUUUCUUGGUAAUUUGGUGUAUAUAGAUGUUAGUGGUUGUAGGAUGGUGACUGAUUCGGCAUUGUUGGCACUUGCUAGGAAUUGUCCUUUGUUGAAUGAGGUCAGAAUGGGGGCUACAGAUGUUGGUAAAAGGAAGGUUGACGAUGAUGCUUUGGUGAGUGGUGUUGUGAAUUAUCAAGUGAAGUCUCUAUAUUUGGGAAACAAUUCGUGGUUGAGGGAUGAGAGUGUUGAAAUGUUUGCUUCUGUUUUCCCUAGUUUGGAGGUGCUUGAUUUGAGCUCUUGUUGUGGUGUAUAUGAAGGUGUUGUUGAGGUUUUAAGGAGGUGUACUGAGGUAAGGCAUUUGAGUUUGGCCUUUUGUUCAGGAGUGAGGUUAACUGGUUUGAACUUUGAAGUUCGCAAACUUGAGGAGUUGAACUUGUCACGGUCAGGGAUUGAUGAUGAGGCGCUUUCUGUGAUCUCAAAAUGUUGUCGUUGGCUGCUGCAGUUGGACUUGGAAAAUUGCUCUCGUGUUACGGCAAAGGGAGUGAGGCAAAUGGUGGAGAAUUGCACGCAAUUGAGAGAGAUAAGUUUGGUGUCUUGUUAUGAAGUGGAAGCUAGUAUUGUUGCUUGGAUGGUAUUUUCAAGGCCUUCAUUGAGAAGGAUAAUGGCUCCCCCUAGGUUUGAUCUCAGUGAUGGCCAGAGAGAACUCUUCUUGCGACAUGGAUGCCUUGUUUGUUAAUUUGAGAUAUGAAAUGUAGGAUAUUUUUGUUUUCUCAAAGGAACGAAGAUGCUUUCACACCAUUAAGGGUGUGCCGGGAGAAGAGAGACAUUCAAAAGUAGUAUAAAUGAGGAGAUGAAUAUAAAGAAGCACUCAAGGUGGAAAAUAUAUCAGUCUACAUUUCUUGUAUUUGAAUUUGACUAUUUGUUUAUUUAUUCGUGCUUGAUUAUGUAACUCUGUACCUUGGUCGCAUUUUUUUAGUUUUGAUAGUGCUUGUAUGUUGUAUCCAUCUUUUAUUAUUAACUGUGAAUAGCAUACGUUGUAAGCAGUUGGACUUGUAUUAUAUAUAUGGUAUACAGUUUCGAAUUGUAUUGCUUUUCCUUGCUAUGCCUUGAAUUAUAGUACUUGGAUUCUUCUGUGUUGUUGAAAAUA